CUCAAGAGUCAUGAGGUUGGGGAGAGCUAUAAGCCUAUAACUUCAUAAAACAAAGAUCCAACUGACACUCAAGAUGUUGAAACUGGUUCGCCUCCGUUAUUCUCCUAGUUUCCAGCUUCAACCUCUCGCCUCCUUAAAAACUAACCAAAAGAGCCGCUCAGCUGCAGCUAUUCCCAGCAAACAGUUAUCCCUUGCCCCCAGUUUCUGUUCCUGUUGUGGAAGAAGACAUUUCAUUGAAGCUGCCACUGCAGCUUUUCUUCCAAGUUCCCCUUCCAAAUCCAAUGCCUCCACUUCAGACUCUGAUCAUUACUUGGAUUUGCUCAACAGGAUUCACCCUCCAAGGCCCGAUUGGUAUGAAGAGUUUUAUGCCUCGGUUAUGGACACAAGCAUGAAACCUUAUGAGGCCAAAAUUGCAGGUUACAAGUCACAACUUUUUGAGAAACUAAAGGGAAAGGCCAAAAGGGUACUGGAGAUUGGGAUUGGGACAGGUCCCAACCUUGAGUACUAUGCUGGUGAUAAUGAGGUCCAAGUUUUUGGCUUGGAUCCUAACAAGAAGAUGGAGAAGUAUGCUCGAGCAGCGGCCACCGCAGUCGGUUUACCGUCGAAGAAUUUUCAUUUCAUAGAAGCUGUUGCAGAGGCUAUUCCAAUAGAUGAUUCAUCUGUCGAUGCAGUUGUUGGUACACUUGUAUUAUGUUCUGUCCAAGAUGUUAACAUGGCACUUACAGAGGUGAAAAGGGUGUUGAAACCAGGAGGACUUUUCCUGUUUAUCGAACAUGUUGCUGCCGAAGAUGGAACAAGUCUGAGGUUGUGGCAGACACUAGUUGAUCCAUUGCAACAGGCAGUUGCGGAUGGAUGUCACCUUACCAGAGAAACCGGGAAAUAUAUAUCUUCAUCAGGGUUUUCAAGUUUGGAACUAAGCAUGGCUUCUUUGUACAAUGCUCCCUUCUCAUUAAUAACUCCACAUGUCUAUGGAGUUGCUUGCAACUAAAGCCUCAAGUUUUAUCUAUCAGUCAUGCAUAUACAUGUAUAUAUAUAUGCUUUCUAAUUAUCAGCAGCUCUCAACAAAAAUUCCUGCUUUUAAGUGGUCUAA